AUGGAAGCGCCCCUCGGUAGUGAUAUGGCUGCGGAGUGUGUACAAUGUUGCAAUUGCGGUGAUUCGACACCAACGGAAGAACCUCCGAUCGCAGAUGAUUGUUUGAAAGUUCGAAAGUGGUGGUGUUUUCUAUUAUCUAGCAUAUUCACCUUUCUUGCCGGUUUGUUAAUCGUUUUACUAUGGAGAGCCUUUGCUUUUUUAUGCUGUCGGAAAGAACCCGAACUCGCACCCAACGAUCCAAAACAAAAAGAACAGAAAGCCCAACGCGGGAAACAAGAAUUCGAAGGUACUUUUAUGACGGAAGCCAAAGAUUGGGCUGGAGAAUUAAUAUCUGGACAAACGACCACUGGAAGAAUUUUGGUGGUUUUGGUCUUUAUAUUAAGCAUAGCAUCACUCAUAAUAUACUUCAUUGACGCAUCCAGCGAGGAAGUGGAACGGUGUCAGACAUGGAGCGACAAUAUAACACAGCAAAUAGAUUUAGCAUUCAAUAUAUUUUUUAUGGUGUACUUUUUUAUAAGAUUUAUAGCAGCGAGCGAUAAAUUGUGGUUCAUGUUGGAAAUGUAUUCCUUCGUCGAUUAUUUCACAAUUCCUCCAUCAUUUGUAUCUAUAUACCUUGAUCGAACUUGGAUCGGUCUUCGAUUUCUUCGAGCUUUACGACUGAUGACCGUACCGGAUAUCCUUCAAUAUCUUAACAUACUUAAAACAUCAAGUUCGAUUAGGCUCGCUCAGCUCGUUUCAAUUUUCAUUAGUGUUUGGUUGACAGCAGCCGGUAUAAUUCAUCUGUUGGAAAAUUCUGGAGAUCCGCUAGAAUUUAGUAAUCCUCAACAGUUAUCAUAUUGGACAUGCGUUUAUUUUCUCAUCGUCACCAUGUCUACGGUGGGUUAUGGUGACGUUUUCUGUCAGACAAUCUUGGGAAGGACUUUUCUUGUUUUUUUUCUAUUAGUUGGAUUGGCAAUGUUUGCGAGUAGUAUUCCAGAAAUAAUUGAUCUCGUUGGAACUAGAUCUAAAUACGGUGGAGAAUUCAAAAGGGAACAUGGAAAAAGGCACAUCGUCGUGUGCGGUCACAUAACAUAUGAAUCCGUGUCGCAUUUUCUCAAGGAUUUUCUUCACGAAGAUAGAGAAGACGUUGACGUGGAAGUAGUCUUUUUACACAGGAAACCUCCCGAUUUGGAGCUGGAAGGUCUCUUCAAGCGACACUUCACAACCGUCGAGUUUUUUCAAGGUUCGAUUAUGAACCCGAUCGACUUGCAGAGGGUCAAGGUUCACGAAGCCGAUGCUUGUCUCGUGUUAGCUAACAAAUACUGUCAGGAUCCGGAUGCGGAAGAUGCUGCCAACAUAAUGAGAGUUAUUUCUAUAAAAAAUUAUUCGGAUGAUAUAAGAGUUAUAAUUCAACUCAUGCAGUAUCAUAACAAGGCUUAUUUGCUCAACAUUCCUUCCUGGAACUGGAAACAAGGAGACGACGUCAUUUGUUUAGCCGAACUCAAGCUGGGAUUUAUUGCUCAAAGUUGUCUUGCCCCGGGAUUUUCGACAAUGAUGGCUAAUCUAUUUGCCAUGAGGUCUUUCAAAACGUCUCCGGACACUCAAGCGUGGCAGAAUGAUUACCUACAAGGUACAGGGUGCGAAAUGUACACUGAAACAUUAUCUCCAUCUUUCACGGGGAUGACUUUUCCUCAGGCGAGCGAGUUGUGUUUCACCAAAUUGAAACUUUUACUUCUGGCGAUAGAGAUAAAAGGAGAAGAUGGAAACGAUAGCAAAAUAUCGAUAAAUCCGCGGGGAGCAAAAAUAAGCGCAAGCACUCAGGGGUUUUUUAUUGCGCAAUCCGCAGACGAAGUUAAAAGAGCUUGGUUCUACUGCAAAGCAUGCCACGACGAUAUUAAAGAUGAAACGCUAAUAAAAAAAUGCAAAUGCAAAAACUUUUAUUUAAAUUGUGUAAAAGUGAGACCGAAUAUUUUUUCAGAUGACCAUCAUCCACCUCCUACGUACACUCCACCAGAGUUGCCUAAGAAGGUUCACGUCAGAGUUUUGAUAAGUAGAAAUCAAAGGGGAUCCUCUCCGAUGGUGAAUUCUUCUUCGAAACAAGUCAACAAAGUUAAAUCCGGUGGGAAAAAUUCGGUGUCGUCACCCAAUCAACAACAGGGAUACAACAGCAACAGUAACGGAAGGCCAACGAGCAGGGCCAUGCAAGGUAACAAUAUGAACAACAAUGGAGGGCUUCAAGUCGGAUUGGCCGACGAUCAAGCAAAGGAUUUCGAUUUUGAAAAAACGGAAAUGAAAUACGAUUCGACGGGAAUGUUCCAUUGGAGUCCUGCUAAAAAUUUAGAAGACUGCAUAUUAGACCGCAAUCAAGCGGCAAUGACCGUAUUAAACGGUCACGUAGUUGUUUGCUUAUUUGCAGACCCGGAUUCGCCACUGAUUGGCCUUAGAAAUUUAGUUAUGCCACUUAGAGCUUCUAAUUUUCAUUAUCACGAGCUAAAGCAUGUUGUUAUAGUUGGAGCAGUUGAUUACAUUCGAAGAGAAUGGAAAAUGCUUCAAAAUUUGCCAAAAAUUUCGGUUCUUAACGGUUCCCCGUUGAGUAGAGCCGACUUGAGAGCAGUUAAUGUUAACCUUUGCGACAUGUGCGUUAUUCUAUCCGCCAAAGUGCCCAGCAAUGACGAUCCUACUUUAGCUGAUAAGGAAGCAAUCCUCGCUUCGCUUAAUAUUAAGGCAAUGACAUUCGAUGAUACCAUCGGUGUUCUUACUCAAAGUAGCAUGCAUCAGGAACAAGACAGUAAUUCAAAUAUUGGAAGUCCGAUUGUACUACAGAGAAGAGGAUCAGUGUAUGGAGCCAAUGUGCCUAUGAUUACAGAAUUAGUAAACGACAGCAAUGUACAAUUUCUUGAUCAAGAUGAUGAUGAUGAUCCAGAUACAGAACUCUACCUCACACAGCCUUUUGCUUGCGGUACUGCUUUUGCUGUUAGCGUCCUAGAUUCCCUUAUGUCAACGACAUAUUUUAAUCAAAAUGCUUUAACUUUAAUACGUUCUUUAAUAACUGGUGGUGCCACACCGGAAUUAGAACUCAUAUUAGCCGAAGGGGCGGGUCUCCGAGGCGGUUACAGCACGUCCGAUAGCCUUUCGAAUCGUGACAGGUGUCGAGUCGGUCAAAUAUCAUUAUACGAUGGACCCCUAGCACAAUUUGGGGAAACGGGAAAAUACGGUGACUUAUUUGUUACAGCAUUAAAAUCUUAUGGGAUGUUGUGCAUCGGACUGUACAGGUUUAGAGACACAAGUUCCUCGUGUGAUGCUUCCUCUAAGAGGUACGUCAUCACAAAUCCUCCAGAUGAUUUUUCAUUGUUACCCACCGAUCAGGUUUUCGUACUCAUGCAGUUCGAUCCUGGUUUAGAAUAUAAACCAAACAGAGGAAAUCGGGGAAAGGACGACAGUUCCUGA